AUGAAACUUUCCAACGAUGAACGACGCCAAAUAGUUGAAACCGAAGUAGAUAGGGAACAGGAAGUUAGACAGGAAGUCAAACAAGAAAUGUCAAAGGAUAAACAAGAAUCAACAUCUUUGGAAGUAAAAGAUUCAAAGAUACUUAAAACAUGCGACGUGUGCACCGAAGAAAUCGAAUCAGUAUAUAAUUUAGAGUGUGAACAUAAAUAUUGUCAAACAUGUUUACGGAGGUUAUUUACGGACCCAGCAUACGUUCUUCCUAUUAGAUGUUGUAAUAAAGAGAUUAGUUUAGACCUUGUUCUUAAUAUACUCACGCCCGAAGAAACGCAACCAAUAAUCCAAAGAGCUGUUGAAGCAUCACAUAGAUUAUUCUGUCCAACGCCAGGAUGUGAACGGCCUAUUCACGUUACUGCAGAAUCCGAAAUCUCAGUAUGUCCAGACUGUAACAAAGAGAUUUGCGUUAAAUGUAGAUCUUAUGCACAUCCUAAUAAAAAAUGUUGGAAAGGAAAAAAUGAAAGAAGAUUUAAGAGGAUUACGGAAAAACGCGGAUGGCGUCAAUGUACGGUUUGUGGCGUUUUUAUUGAACGGAGAGGAG